GCCGCGCGGGGGCUGCGUCCCCCGUUGCUAGGCAACGGCAGGCGGCGAGGCGCGGGGAGGCUUCCCCAGCAGCUAGGCCGCGGCCCGGCCCCUGCGGCCGCCGAGGCUGGAGACCACCGAGCUGUCACCCUCCCGGCCGGGCUCCGUCCUGCCUCUACCGAGUUGGGCUGGAGCAUGGAGCCCUUCUCCUCACCAGAAGCAGGAGUUCCUGCAGGAAAGAGCUCCUCUGUGCCACAGAAAAAACACCGUGUGCUGGUGGGUGUGACUGGAAGCGUGGCUGCUCUGAAGCUGCCUCUCCUUGUUGCUGAGCUGCUGAAAAUCACUGGGCUGGAGGUGAAGGUGGUCACUACUGAGAGAGCAAAGCAUUUCUACAGUGCCCAGGAGAUUCCUGUCACCCUCUACAGCGAUGAAGAUGAGUGGCAGCUGUGGAGAGGCCGUUCGGACCCCGUGCUGCACAUCGAGCUCAGGCGCUGGGCUGACCUUAUGGUGGUGGCACCUCUGGAUGCCAACACACUGGCAAAGCUGGCCAAUGGCAUCUGUGACAACCUGCUGACUUGUGUCAUCCGUGCCUGGGAUCUGAGCAAACCUCUGCUCUUCUGCCCAGCCAUGAACACGGCCAUGUGGGAACAUCCCAUCACAGCUCAGCAGGUGGAGCGGCUGAAGGGCUUUGGCUACACAGAGAUCCCCUGCGUGGUGAAAAAACUGGUGUGUGGAGAUGAAGGCCGAGGUGCCAUGGCAGAAGUGUGGACCAUCGUGGAGAGUGUGAAGAGGAUCCUUGAAGAGGGGGAUUUGCCGACCCAGAGCUGAUGGUUUGCCUUGUGAAUUGUUUGUGUGCCUCCUUGGUGAGCUGAAGCUAAAACCGACAGGAAGCUGGGUGGAGAUGGCAGGCACACCUACAGCCUGCUCUUCAACCGGAGGAAUGCAACACUUGUCUUCCAGCUGGUGCCAAACUGAAGUGUGGUCCAGCCCUGCAGACUUUCUGAAACUAAAGCCAAGAAGAUGGUGCUUUAGCGUGGGAAAACUCUGGGGUGUCUCACAGAGAGCCAGAAACCUUCCCCUGGGUCACAGCCCCCAAGAUUCCCCAAGUGCUCCUCUCUGAGGGGGCUGCAGAAAGACUUGCCAGCGAGCUUCAGCUCUGGCCAUUCCCCCAGCUGCUGCUGGAGAGGGAAGUGCUGUGCCAGCCCCUUCCAGCAGGUUGGUGUGGGGCCGUCCCUGCUCUCCAAAGCCUGCUCUGUCGCUGUGCUGGCUUCUCCUUUCCAGCAGGAGUCACUGUCCAAAAAGCAUUUCUGCUCCAGCAACUUGAGAGCCUUUCCUUCUGCCUCCUGGAGCUGCUCUGGGGGGUGCUUGCACCUAGCAUCAUCACUGAAUCCUUGUCUCUGCGUCUGGUUUUGGUCAGGGAUGGGAGAAAAUUUGCCUGAAAGGAGCUGUCUAGUCCCCAAAUUAGCCUUUGCCCUUUUGUAUCUUGGCUGGAGAGGGAUGCAGGCAUCAGCUGUGCACCAAAAUGACACCUGCCCAUCCGGGUGCUCAGGUCAGGGGAUGAACAGGCUGAGCCUUUAUGGAAAGCUAAGGUGGGUGUGUCCCAAAGGCCUCGACUCACAUUUUUUGCCUAGCCUAAUCCUUUUCAGCUUGAAAAUUAACCACUUGGCAUGAUAAAGUUGGGAAAUGCUGUGACCCCUGGGGGCCAGGCCAGCCAGGGCUCCCCCAGGCCAGCCUUGCCAUGGAAACUUGAGAGGAAGGGGAGUAAAGUGGGGCUGUAGAACACUGCUGACCCAGAAAGUUUAUUUUUAACUAGACCCAGUCAAAUUUAAGGCCACAGGUACAGAAAGUGCCUCCUGCCCAUGGGGGCAACCUUCAGAGGGCUGUGCACGAGGAAAGAGGUUAUCAGGGUAUCAGGGUCUCUUUGCUUUCUUGUGGGUUCCACACAAAUAAAAACCUCUGAACUUGUC